AUGUCGUCGGCCGUUGAAAGCAGUGUGACGGUUAUAGCAGGUGGUCCACGUAGGGGUCGUCCCCGUCGUCAAUACAAGUGCGCAUUCUGUGCAAAGGCUUUCAAACGCAGCGAGCACUGCAUUCGCCAUGAGCGCACGCAUACCCAAGAGAAGCCAUUUGUUUGUCGCUAUUGCAGCAAAUCCUACUCUAGAAAGUAUGGCCGGUCCCCUUCCCUCUCAAAUGCAUCGCAAUUGACCUGUGUUCGAUUAUCUAGAGAUCUCGUGACAAGGCACGAAAAGACGCUCCAUGCCGAAGCCCACCUCCGACGCCUGCGACAGGAUCAACAGCCUGAACACGUCGCUGAUGAAGUCAAUGUAGCCUAUAGUUCAGUUGCGCGACCUCAGACAUUGGGGACACCGCCUGGCGCCGAGCCUGAGAUUGAACUCGAAGAUCAGAAUAGGAACGAGGUGGACUUCAACACCAGAGAAUCUCUGUCGCCAGGGAAUGAGGUCGCCUGUUCUCUCUCGCCGUCUUCCUCGUCCUCAUCAAACUUGACUGUCUCCCGUGACCGUCGCGCAUCUUUCGCCGACACCGCUCGCACUUCAGCUCACAGCGCAGCCUUUUCCAUGACUAUGGCCACACCACACAUGCAACCUCCAAUUGCUACCAGUCACUCAAAUCCCCGUCCGUCAACAGCUCGUCUCUCUGUCACAGACAACCAUUCAUAUCCUCAUGUGGAGUUUGAAACUCAGUCUGGGGAGCAAUCUCUUACUGAAAUCAUGAAUACCGAUAUCGCCAUGGUUCUCGAUGACAUACCAAUAACCGAAGCAAUCGGAGAUAUUGAGACCACUAACCAAGGGCAUCCCCCUCAAACCUCCGCCUCAAUAGACCAUGAUUCGACGCUAUUUUUCUUCUCACCAAUGCCUUCGUUCGACAUGGACCAUUCUGCAUUCGCAUUUCUACCUCAACCCGAUCAGAACGCCCAAGACAACAAUAAUCAGUCUUCCUCCAAUCCAGCAGUUGACUUUGGACUGCAGCAACUGCCAAUCGACGGAAGUGGAAUAUACUCUAUCGUAGACAAUCCCGUCUCUCACUCUCUCCCCCAUUUCGGGGCACCGCGUCAACCCACCGAAGAGCAAGACACCCCCAAAUCUUACAGCAGCAGCAACGGCCUCCCUUCGCUCCAGGAAAAGCGACAAGCAUAUACCCCUACCACGAUAGAUGACGCUGCCUAUGAAUCGAUUCGAAACGAUCUGUUUGGCAGGCUAACGGCCUUUGAUACUAAUGUUGAGAUCCCUCCCGCCAAAAUAUGCCAGGGCUUUCUGUCUAGCUACAUCACCAACUUUCACGGCCAUCUUCCCAUCAUUCACCUACAAUCAUUUUCUCCAAGAACCACACCAAGUCCGUUGAUCCUCGCCAUGUGUAGUAUUGGUGCUCUUUAUCGUCUGGACCGACGUCGUGCAAAGAGGUUAUACGAGGUCGCCACAUCCUCGCUUAGCAUUGUACCUCGCCCUCCACAAGAUAGCGACGUGACUGUUGUCAAGGAUUAUUGCCUCUGGUACGCGCAAGCAAGAUUGCUUCUCAGCUUCUACGCCAUCAUGAGUGGCGACAAGGACCUGAUUUCUCGGACUAUGCACGACAAUGGCUUUUUUACGCUGCUAUUCAACAAAACAAGAACGGCCCUGGGAGGAUCCAAUACAGACAUGAGCCGCAUCUCGUGGCAGCAGUGGAUAGAGCGAGAGUCGUGGAAACGCUUGCUCGGGGGCCUAUUUUUAACAAGCACACUCACGAUGGUGCUCUUCAACGUUAACCCUGGAUUCAACGCAACUCAAGACUUGGAAUUCGAGGCAUUCCAUGAUGAGGCCUUGUGGGACGCGACGUCAGCAAAUGAAUGGCGACAAGUUCGGGCGGCCAGUGUUAACAAGUACUCAGACCAGAACCGCCGAACCAUGAAGGAAGUAUUAGUAGACCUCAUGCUUGAGGGGAGAUAUCAUAGCGACACGGCGCCCUACCGGGUUUCGGCCUUUUCGGCUCUUAUUCUGAUGCAUGGAGUUGUAAUCCAGAUGUGGCAGAGACUCCAGGUAUCUCAUGCCAUGCUGUCCAUUACUGGCUCAGACUUCCUGGGUUCCUCCCUGAUGGACAGCUCCAUGGCGACUCUAGCAAGAUGCAAUGCCUUUUUGAAAAGUACUGGAAACGAGACAGGAGGAUUAGAUUCGGAAGAGAACGAAGAAACAUCUCUCGUCUUCAACUGCCAAGCAGUCCUCCGGAUCGCUUACAUCAGAUUGUUCAAGACCAUCGGCCCUUCGACUCGGAUUAGCUUGAUAAGUACGGAUGCUGCUGAGAUGGAUGAAGCCAUCACUUCAUUCGUCGCUGAGGACAUCGAUCGCUCUCCGCAAAUGUUGAAUGCCGUGACGAAGUGCUUUGAGGGUUUGAGAAUUCCCGUAAAGCUGGGCACAAUGCUGGUUCGGAAAACGGCCGCGUUCAGAUGGAGCGUUGAACAUGCUAUUGCCGGGUGGGAAAGCGCUCUGCUCGUAACAAAAUGGUUACAUUCUGUCGAGAUGGCAAGCUUGAAUGGUGUUCAAACGAAUCCCGAAGAACAAAAGCUACUCACACUUGUCAGAGAGGUCCUGGAGGAAGCCGAGUGUGAUCUUGACGAGAGUUUCUCGUUAGCAGCUGGAACUGCCAGGACAUGGGGCUGGUUCCUACAAGAUGUGUGGAUAUGGGGCAUUACUCCGCGUAUGGGUGCAGCCCUCGAACUGUUGGCCAAGGCCUAUGAGACAGUUGGCAAAACGAACCGCCGGUCUUCAGUGGCAGGUUCUAAUCGUUUAUAG